ACUCAGCUGCCACAUCUCUCCUUCCACUUUGUUCGCCAACAUGCUGCAGGACUGCUCGCAUUGUUGGCCAGACUGAUUGGGGUUUCAGCACAAUCUCCCGUGACCAAUGAGCGGGGUGCUGUCAGGGGUAACCACAUCUGUCAGGCGUUCUCGGCCAAUAAAGAGCGGAGCGAGGCGGACCACAGGUGCGCGCCUCUGCGUCCCCUUGGCACAGCGCCCGGGAGAUGCUGGAGAGAGACGCCUAUAGCUGCCCCGUGGCGCAAAGAGAGUUCCUUUCAGAGGCAGCCUCCCUCUUUAACUCCGGCUACCACUCUGGCUCCGAGAGAGUUUAUGGCGACCGCAGCGUCAAACCACUACAGCGUCCUCAGCACCCCCAGCAGCGCGCCGCCGCCGCCGCCGCACUCGGAGUCCGGGAGCAUGCAGCAGGCGGCAGCGUACAGGGACGCGCACACCCUGCUCCAGAACGACUACGGCACGCUACCGGGCGGUGGGCAUCCGCUCAGCCACGCGCACCAGUGGAUAACGGCGCUCUCUCACGGUGACAGCGGGACGCCGUGGCCGUCCAGUCCCCUCCGAGAACAGGACGUGAAGCCCAUACUGCAUGACAGUGACCGAGAGGAGCUGCAGAACUCCAGCAGCCUGCAGCAGCAGCAACAGCAGCAGCAACAGCAACAGCGACACCCUCACCUAGCGCACCAGCAGGCGCAUCACGACGCCAGAGCAUGGCGAACCAGCACGGCCACGACGCACAUCACCGGCAUGGCGACAUCUGAGGGACAGAGCCUGGUGUACACCCAGUCCGGCUUCGCUCUGAUGCCAGGGGGAGAGCAGGGGGGGAUGCACCACCACCCUCUGCGGGACGAAGACCACCACAGCCACAGCCCGCACCUCAGUGAGCACGGGGGCGGCCCCGGGGCCCACCACCACCAGCACCAGCAGCACGGGGGCCACCAGGACCAGUCGGACGAGGACACGCCGACCUCGGAUGAGCUGGAGCAGUUCGCCAAGCAGUUCAAGCAGCGGCGUAUCAAGCUGGGCUUCACGCAGGCGGACGUGGGGCUGGCCCUGGGGACGCUCUACGGGAACGUGUUCUCUCAGACCACCAUCUGCAGGUUCGAGGCGCUGCAGCUCAGCUUCAAGAACAUGUGCAAACUCAAGCCGCUGCUGAACAAGUGGCUGGAGGAGGCGGACUCCACGUCGGGGAGUCCCACAAGCCUAGAUAAGAUCGCGGCGCAGGGGAGGAAAAGGAAAAAGCGGACCUCCAUCGAGGUGGGCGUCAAGGGCGCUCUGGAGAGCCAUUUUCUGAAAUGCCCCAAGCCGGGAGCGGCGGAGAUCAACUCCCUGGCGGACAGCCUGCAGCUGGAGAAGGAGGUGGUGAGGGUCUGGUUCUGUAACCGGCGGCAGAAGGAGAAGAGGAUGACCCCCGCUGGGGGACAGAUAUCAGGAGGGGAGGACAUGUACGGGGACACCCCUCCUCACCACGGAGGACAGACUCCUGUGCAGUGACCCCUGUCCAGUACUUUCUUCUAGGACAUGUACGGGGACACCCCUCCUCACCACGGAGGACAGACUCCUGUGCAGUGACCCCUGUCCAGUACUUUCUUCUCUUUUUUUUUUUUUUUUUUUACUAUCAUUAUUAUUAUUAUUAUUUUUCGGGGGAAAAAUACGAACCUCUGCAGGAGGAAGCUUCUUAUUUGUUAAAAUUCCCAAUGCUGGAACUGGACCUCAGCCAGUUUUAAGUGUUGGACGGACGCAGGGAUGCAGAGUGGCACCCCGGUGCUAAAAAAAAAAAACACUCAGAGCAGAGAUGUGUAGAAUGGCUUCAUGCCAGGCACAUUGAGCUGGGGUGUGCUAACCAAAAUAGGGGAGAAGAGAGGAAGAAAAAAAUAAAAGAUGGGGGGAGAAAGCAGCGACAUUUUCUGCAUCUGUCUUAAAGAAAGGCAGGAGGAGGAAAACUAUAGGAGCAGGCUGCAGUCGGUGUGGGUAAAUAAACGCCAUCUUUCCAUCAUAACAAAAGCGACAGGGAUCCUGCAGCUUGUGGUAAAAGACAGGGCUGAAAUGGCAGACAAAUGCUGUAGCCCACAAUACCAACCAACCGUUUAUUAUUAUUAUUAUUAUUAUUAUUAUUAUUAUUAUUAUUAUUAUUAUUAUUAUUUAAUUUAUGUUCUUAUUUAUCAUGUCUCGUUAAAAUAAUAUGUCAAUUUAUAAAUGUUGAAAAUGUAGAAAAAAUAUUGUUGAUAUAAUAAUAAUAAUAAUAAUAAUAAUAAUAAUAAUAAUAAUAAAUGUAUUGGUUGACUCGUGAUUUCCUUUCUGUGCGUCCGUUUACACUGUGUUUUUGCUGUUGGUUAUUUCUGUACGUUUCCCCAAAACGCUGUGACGAAACAGACCGAGACUGUCCGACUGGAGCCUUCAGAGGGAUCCAGUUUACUUUGGCCUUGCUUCCUUUAAGUAAAAAGAACAGGGGACAUAUUUAAAGUGACCCUGAUCCCGUCAGAUGAGAAGACUGUGUUUUUUUUUUAUUAUUAUUAUUAAAAAAAAAAAACAUAUGUAUGGCUUUACUUUGUUUGUUAACUGUGUUUUUGUUUUGGGUUUGUUUUCCAUGUCAAGCUGUGCCAAAGCACAAACACAGACACGUGUUCUUGUGCCACCUUAAUCCUGUGAUUAUGAUCUGAUAUGUAAGACGUUUCUGUGGGGAAAUCCUGCAGAAGUCGGAGAUCAAAUCUCUGACAUAUUUUGAUUCAAAUCUUGAACAUCAGAAACUCAAAUACAAUGAAGGAACGAUGACGGCUGCAGAGAAAUUAUUAUUUGGUUAUCAUAAAUAAUUGUAAUGUCAAUUUCUAAGUCCUUUUUUUUCUUGUCAAUCAAAGG